AUGGAAAAGCAUAUACGCCAGCAAUUAUCCGAUUUACGACUGCACAAUGAAGAUUUGAGAAAGCCCAAACUACGUGCAUUCACGAGAGGUGGAUACCUACAACAAGCAGUGGUAUUGACUGAUAAUAUGCCACAUUUGCUACCGAUUUCGAAUAUGAUUAAGGCAUUCAAAAGGUAUUCAUUGAAGCGUUCAACUACCUCACAUCAGAUCUAUUGA